AUUUUCCAUUUGCAGAUGGGUGCGUUGCAGCAGCAGCAGCAGCAGCUGACUAACAAAUACAGAUACCGAGCUAGAGAUACCACGACAAUGGCAAGCAAAAGUGGAGCAGACGACAACAGCAACAGCAGCAAAAGCAGCAGCAGCAGCUCAGCCCAGCCCGCAUUGAUCAACAGCAGCACUACGAACAGCAGCAUCAUCGUCAUCCUGGCGCUGGGCAGUCUGCUGCUGAUGCUGCUGCUGCCGGCGCUAGAGGCCAGCCCCGUUUUUGUGGAUAAUCCCAGCUUAGCGCAGUUUCAAUCCGGUCGCAAUAUACGCCAUCUGCCGUGCAUAGUGCGCAAAUCGGGACGCUCGGGCGUCUGCAUGUUUGCCAUCGAUUGCAUCAAGCAGAAUGGCACGCACUUGGGCACCUGCAUCGAUCGCUUCUACUUUGGCUCGUGUUGCGCCAUGAAGGAGGAGGCUUCGCUGUUUGCACCGGAGAUAAGCGACAAUAGCAUCGAUCAGAAUACAAUUUCGCAUUUCUCUCACGAAUCCACGACGUUGCCCACGAGCACUCUCUUCAAGCUUACCACUGAGAGCAGCACCACGCACCACCACAACUAUCAGCAGCAGCAAAACACAGCCAGCGAACUGCUCAAGAAUGUCACUCAGAGUUAUUUGAGCAGCCUGAAGCCAGUGCGCACCACCAGCACCAGUGCCAGCAGCAGCACUACCAGCAGUGGCAGUACUUCGGACAGCAGUACGACCCACUCGUUCAGCUCGACGCGUCGCCCCAGCACUGCGCACACCACCCACAAGAACUCGCACUUUGUGGUGCGCACCACAGUAAAGCCCAAUCAAGAAGCUAAGCUAACAACCACUGUGAAACCGCAUCGUCGUCGCACCACCACCACGCGACCAAUGCUAACCACUGGGCCAGCUUUGGAGCAGCGCAUUGAGACCACCACAGUGCCGAGCAAGUUUGUCACCUUCCAGAUUGUGGAGACAACCACGCCAUCUGCCACCGAACCCACCAAUCGCUUACCCGAGACAACCACUCGGCGAUACAGCAGGCCCACCGCUGGCAUUAGCAGCAGUAGUAGCAGUAGCAGCAGCACCGCUGCCAAGACAACAAGCCGGACAACAACCACCAGAGCACCAACAACCACAGCUGCAUCAACAACGACGACAACGACGACGACAACAACAACAACAGCGCGUCCAACACCACCGCUGCGCACCACAACGCCAAAACCUCACAAGCCGCAGUCUAGCAGACGCCCAGCGCCAACCAAGAAGCCGGUAACAACAACAACAGUCGCCGCAAACACAACAACAACAGCAACGCGCAAGCCAAUCGACAGCAGCAGCAGCACCACCACCACCAGCAGCACAGCAACAACAUUGCCCGUUCGCAAGCCAGCUAACAGCACCACCGGCACUAUUGGCACCACCUCGACAGCAACCACAUCGGGCACACCUGCAUCAACAACAACCACCAAGCUGCCAUUGGCGCCCAGGCCGAAGCCAAAGCCAACGGGCGAGAUAGUCAAGGUGCCCGUGGUGCUGGCUGACGUGAUACCAACAACAACCACCGGAACAACAGGCCCUAAAGUUACGCGCAGACCAAUAACAACCAGCAGCAGCAGCAGCCACACAACAGCAACAACAACAACAACGACAACAACAACAACCGCUGCACCGCUGCUCACAACCGAAGCGCCCAAAUUGCCAGCAAAGCCAACAACAACAAUUGGCACAACAGCAACAUCAACAGCAACAAGUGGUGUUAGCACCACCAAAAAACCAGGUCUGAUCACCUGGACAGAUGUUGAAGCGGAACCCAUUACGAAUGCAACCAUUAGCAGCGAUUGGCAGCCAGGACAAUCGGCCGGAGAUUGGGUGCCGUUGCCCACUUUGUUGCCCGAGUUGUACAACAACAAGACGACGGGCGCUGGCACAGCAACGCCCAGCGCCACAGACAAGGUGGUUAUCUCGGUGGCCACCAGCGUCAGCACCAGCAGCGGUGGCAGCGGCAGCAACUCCGAGUCGGGUCAGAGUCAGGAGGAGAUGGAGACAAUGGUUACUAGCAAGCCGCAUAGAACCACAAAGCCGCCCAGGCCAGCGGCAACAACGCCAGCAACGGCGACAACAACACCAACAGCAACAACCACAACAAGAACAACUGUAACAAGCAAAACCACAGAUGCACCACCAACAAGAACAACAGCAGCCCCAACAACAACAACAACGACUACGAGAACACCAACAACAACAACCACAACAAGAACAACAACAACAACUGAACGCUUGGAAUUAGUAUCCUCAACGUCGUCUUACACAGAUUCAAGCAGCGAGUCAARCAGCAGCAGCACCACCACAACGGAUUACAGCGGUGAGGAGCCGAAUACAACGACAAUCGAUGCAGCUGGCAACACGACUGUAGCGCCUGCCACUGGCUUGGAGGGCGUCGAUUACCGCGAAGUCUGCGGCCGUCGCAUGUUCCCCGAGCCGCGCAUCGUUGGCGGCGCAAACUCUGCCUUCGGCCGCUGGCCAUGGCAGAUAUCCCUGCGCCAAUGGCGCACCUCAACCUAUCUGCACAAGUGUGGCGCAGCGCUGCUCAACGAGAACUGGGCAAUCACCGCCGCGCAUUGCGUUGACAAUGUGCCACCCUCUGAUUUGCUGUUACGUCUGGGCGAAUACGAUUUGGCUGAGGAAGAGGAGCCCUAUGGCUUCCAGGAGCGACGUGUGCAAAUUGUUGCCUCCCAUCCACAGUUCGAUCCGCGCACCUUCGAAUACGACUUGGCGCUGCUCAGAUUCUACGAGCCCGUAGUGUUCCAGCCGAAUAUCAUACCCGUCUGUGUGCCCGACAGCGAUGAGAACUUUAUUGGACAGACGGCCUUUGUCACCGGCUGGGGUCGCCUCUACGAGGAUGGCCCACUGCCGAGCGUGCUGCAGGAGGUGGCUGUGCCUGUCAUCAACAAUACCAUCUGUGAGUCGAUGUACCGCUCAGCGGGUUACAUUGAGCACAUACCGCACAUAUUCAUCUGUGCCGGCUGGAAGAAGGGCGGAUACGAUUCAUGUGAAGGUGACUCUGGUGGCCCCAUGGUGCUGCAGCGCGAGUCGGAUAAACGCUUUCAUCUGGGCGGCGUCAUCUCGUGGGGCAUCGGCUGUGCGGAGGCUAAUCAGCCAGGCGUUUACACGCGCAUCUCUGAAUUCCGAGACUGGAUCAAUCAGAUUCUACAAUUUUAGUCGCAUCGUAGUCUUGAUCGCUGUAUUAUGCCUAAAUCCUUAGCGAAUGCCCAGCAAAUCCGCACACGAUAUCCAAAUCGUGAACUGAGUCCUCAACUCAACCCAACUCAAACUCAAACUCGAACUCGUUCUUUGGUUAUGGGCACGCACUCCUAUCAUCCACAUCGAGUCUAGCGCAUAACCCAAGCAACGAUUUCAGUUCAAAUUAAUUAUCAUUUUCUGCACCACACUGCACCACAUUUGCAACAAUUCAAGCAACAGACAC